AUCUAUUGACGAGGUCUUAGGGCAAACUCAAGGAAAACACUGAUGUAAGAGCUCACCAAAUGAAGAUUUGGAUCUUGCUCGGCCCUGCUCAUCUGUUGACGAGGUCUUGGGGCAAGCUCAAGGAAAACACUGAUGUAAGAGCUCACCAAAUGAAGAUUUGGAUCUUGCUCGGCCCUGCUCAUCUGUUGACAAGGUCUUGGGGCAAGCUCAUGGAAAACACUAAUGUAAGAGCUCACCAAAUGGAGAUUUGGAUCUUGCUCGACCCUGCUCAUCUAUUGACGAGGUCUUGGGGCAAGCUUAAGGAAAACACUGAUGUAAGAGCUCACCAAAUGAAGAUUUGGAUCUUACUCAGCCCUACUCAUCUAUUGACUAGGUCUUGGGGCAAGCUCAUGGAAAACACUAAUGUAAAAGCUCACCAAAUGAAGAUUUGGAUCUUGCUCGGCCCUGCUCAUCUAUUGAUGAGGUCUUGGGGCAAGCUCAAGGAAAACACUGAUGUAAGAGCUCACCAAAUGAAGAUUUGGAUCUUACUUGGCCCUGCUCAUCUAUUGACUAGGUCUUGGGGCAAGCUCAUGAAAACACUGAUCUCACCAAAUGAAGAUUUGGAUCUUGCUCGGCCCUACUCAUCUGUUGACGAGGUCUUGGGACAAGCUCAAGUUAUUCACGCCCUUGUUCUUCAAACUUUGAUGUCAACCUUGGGUGGGAUAUUUGCAUCUCUGCAGCUCGUGCUCGAGCAAGUUGCUUGUAGCUCAUGCUCCAAAUCUUUUAGCUUGACCUCGGGUAGGAUGCUUGCAGCUCAACAGAUUAUGCUUGAGUUCAUCAUGCUUUUGAGCUUGACAGCUCGUGCUGGAGUUCUGCAUCAUGCCUUUGAGCUCGGCAACUCGAGCUCGUGCUUGAGUUCUCUCGUGCUGGUGCUUGAGCUCUGCAUCAUGCCUUUGAGCUUGACAGCUCGUGUUGGAGCUCUGCAUCAUGCCUUUGAGCUCGGCAGCUUGUCAAUGGAUUUCUGUACAUCCCGUAGUUGCCUUUCAAGGUCUGCAUUCUUUCCCAUCAGUUCUUCACUAUGUUUGGACGAGCUAAGCUCAUUAUUCAACUUCCCACUUCCACUUGGUUUGGUCAGCACUACUAAAUUGCUCAGAGCGGGGGAGUUUCGAGUGGCAACAAUUGCAGUUGGUUGUGCAUCCCUAUUCAACAGAGGAAUUGAGGGGUCAUCUGGGAUCAGAUGGGCAAGGAUUUUACCCAUUGCCAUUUCGAGAACUCUAGUUCUCUCUUCGAGCUCGGUUGUUCGAGCAGGUUCUGUUGACCUUUCAGGUCAUUCUUGUUGUGAAGUACCUAGUCUGGGAUGUCUCUGCCUUGUUCCUGUUGGAAUUGGGAAUUGUUCAGAUUGGGUUGCGUACCCAAUUGAUGUUCUUUCAUCAUCAUCUGUUCUGCUAAGUUGCUCCUGUUCUGCUCCUCCAACAAAAAGGUUUCUUGACAUUGUCCUAAAAUCAUUCAAGCCGAACUCAAAUAGUUGCAUGUCCUCCUGUUCAUCCAUUUCAUUUCUCGGAGGGUGACUUCCGGUAAAAGUAUGAACCAUCUUUUUUUUCAGCAAGUUAAGCUACACAACUUCGCUUCCCACAGACAGCGCCA